AUGGAAGGCCUGAGGCAGGCAACAGAAAGUCAAGUGACUUUUACAGUCCCUUGCCCUACUGGACAGAGGACAAACGCUGUGGGAAUCCAGCAGACCGCAUGCCCCGAAAGCAUGGGCGGAGCCAAAAGUAGUCGGAAGACUAGAAAUAAUCGACGAGCAGUGGCUCGAUGGAUUGCCUUUCAGGCAGAGCGACGAAAGGAAGCAGAAAUGGCACAGAGGGUGCUAGGGUCACGUAAGAGAGCAGAAGAUAGAGAGCGAAAGCGAGGAGAGAUUCGAGAGAAGCUCAUAAUGGAAGAGAUAAACUUCCAGAAAGCCUUGACACAUGAGAGACUGGAGGCCAUGGGAAGCCUCAGUCAACAUCAGAAACCUUGUGGUAACACCAGCAUUCAACCAAUAGCCAAUGACUUGCCCUACUGGACAGAAGCCUUGAACACAUUGACUAAUGACUCAACCAAUAAUAUCCAAGUUGAGAAAAUAGAGGGGGGCCCCAGAGCAGAAAGGAGGGGCCCCCCAAGCGUAGCGCGGGAGGGAGGUCACUUCGCGCAUGGGGUGGAACACCCUGUUGAUACAAAAGUAGAAGUAGAUAGAUAUUUUGACAUUGAAAAAUAUAUAAAAUAA